AUGGCAGACAUGAAGGCAUCUAGUCGGGCAUAUCUAGCAAUCAGGGAUCGUCCUCAUCCAGCUGGAAGGGAAACGUACCUCCAACGCAUUCUAAGAUUCGUUGGUCUCCUCACCGAGACGACUACCGUACAACCAAUCCAACCUGGGAACCAUGUAGUGUGGCUCUUUGAUAACAUCGCAUAUCAACCCAUACACCGAAAUCAUCACACACAAGCAUGGGAAGCCGAGAUAGUGGCGUGUGUCUUUGGUCGAGAGCGCCGUAAUGUCGGUCAGUACGUUGCGAGGAUAGCUGAUUUUGUUGGACUGGACGGAGAGUUUGGAGGGGAUAUUAUGGUUCGACACCGAAUAAUUCAACGAUUGCAGCCAUUACUAUACGAGGUUGCCCCUGGUCGCACUCUAUCAGUUGAUAUGCCUUUGUAUGAUGAGGGAUCCCGACGGUAUCAUUUGGGUCCUACGAAUGAAAACGGAGUCCUCACACAGAACGUCUCUUUACCACAAAGCCAUAUAGUAGACAGAAGUGUGGUCACGUCUGUAUUGUCUGGGUCAAAUAGACAAGUGUGCAUGCAAACGAGAUUUGCCAGUCCGCAUGGGUGGUUAUUAAUAUCCGACAUCGACGACUCGAUCAAGAUCACCCUGACUUCAGAGGCUGUCGGCAUUUUGCGAACAACAUUUGUGACAGACCCCGAACCCAUAUUCGGUAUGCCCAAACUCUAUGAUUUUAUAGACAAAGAGUUGGAUCCGACAUGGGUAUACCUAUCGGCGUCACCGUACAAUCUAUACAAAUUUCUGCGCAGCUUCCUGCACUCGUUCUAUCCUCCCGGUACUUUACUGUUACGACAAACUACCUGGAAAGAUAUUCGAGAGUUUAUCAGGUCCUACAAUACCGGAACUCGGACAUACAAGAUGCAGCAAAUAGACAAGAUUCACAGUUGGCUUCCAGUUCGAAAAGUCAUUUGUGUCGGGGAUUCAACUCAGAGUGACCCAGAGGUAUAUGCGGAGAUGUAUAGGAAGCACAGAAGUUGGAUUAAAGCUAUAUUCAUCCGCAAAGUGACUGAUAUACCGCAUAUGGCCAAGAAAAAUUCAUCGAGGAGAUUUCAGAGAGCGUUUGAAGGUGUUCCGCAUGAUGUUUGGAGGAUAUUUGAGCAUCCGAGUGAAUUGUAUGAGCCUGUUGCGAGACUUGGCUUUGAGAUGUCGACUGUCCAGACGAAGAAUUGA